AUGCUUCUGGGUCUUCUGGAAACCUUAAAACCAUAUUUGGGAACAGGUCAGACCCCCAUAGUAGUGAAAGGCCUAGCUCUGGAUAAGGCAAAUGCUAGUGAUAUAACUCCAAUCAUGCAGGGGAUUUCUGGUAAGAUUAAAAGGCUGCAAAAUGAGUAUGCUUCCGCCUCUAAAGACUUCGAAAAUAAGCUAAUGGAUUUCUGCGAAAACGGAGCACCUGACUGUUUGCCGGAUGUGCAUGAGUACAAGUCGAUGCCAGGUGACCCAAUGAAUGGCAAGGUUGCGCUAGAAAAACACAGAAAUAUCUACGAAAAAAACCUGGUACACAAUGAUCCUUCCACGGCAGAUGCAAGUAACCCCAGCGCACCAUAA